ACCCCCCCUCACCUCACACCAUCUGGAGGUGAUCCUGAAGAGGUGACAGCAGCAGACCGAAGUGUUCAGUUCAUCACCAGACCCCAAACCCUGUACAUGGUCCCUUAAAUUGCAGAAAGCGACGCGUUCCCUCCAUCGGCUGCCCAGCUGACCAAUAGGGCAAGAUGGCGCGGGAUAUGUCUGAUAAGGACAUCCUGAAAAUGGAGUUGGAACAACUUCAGAAGGAGGUGAAGAACACUAGAGAGCCUGUCUCUAAAACCACAAAGGAGAUUUAUGAAUGGGUUGAGGCCCAAGCUGCAGAAGAUCCUCUCAUAAAAGGAGUUCCUGAGGACAAAAACCCCUUCAAGGAGAAGGGUGGAUGCAUAAUAACAUGUGAUUUCCUGUGGCAAAAUUAAAUGAGGAUGUUUUAAUUUGUGCAAAUGAGAGCUGUUUAGCAGUCUGUUAUCUGAACUUGAAUGAGGAGUGAACACAUUGUGCUUAGUUUUAGACGUCAUAGAGACUGCAAGACUUGAACAAAUACUUGAACUUACAGAGUCAAACACCGUCUACAGAGUCAUUCUGAUGAUUAAGAAAGGCAGCCCUCUCGAAGCAAACUCUUUGUAAAUAAAACUGGCAACUUCGGAACUGAAUUACUGUAAUUCCAUUCUCGUUCCAUCUUCAAAAGUCAAAUAAUUCAAAUUUCAAAUAAGUCAAAUAAGUGUCUGCAUGCCAUCUGGUGUGUGAUUAGGGUUGCCAACAUCAGACAAGGAAAAUAAGGGACAAUUGUGUUUUUUCAUAGGAAAAUAAUAAUAAGGGAUAUAUAUAUAUAUAUAUAUAUAUAAAGAGAACAGAACUUGUAGAAUAUGGCUGCUUGUGCUUGAUACUUUAUUGGUCAUUUUGUGUUUCAAGAAUGUGUUCCAAGGUUAAGAAUAUGCCAGACGUUACCUACUUAAAUGUAAAAAAAAAAUGUUUUAUCUAGGCCUAUUUAACAACAUUAACUUACAAUAAUUAAAGAUGACUUCCCUUGUUGAUCAUUGAUUGCUUGUUUUCUUGCAUGGCUGGAUGUUGAACUCAUGAAAAGUAACCAAGUUGUUUGUAUUCGUCAAAGCUGAUUUGCUGAAGAAUUGC